AGAUGAUAUAACUUUUAGAAAUUUAAGCGAGACCCGUGACUGUAAUCCUGUAGCAUAAGGUUAAUCAUUUGAUAUUGCCAGUUUUGACGAUCAUCAUUUUGUCACAAUUUAAGGGUUUGCGAAAUGACGACAAACACAUGAGAUGAGAAAGGUAUCUAGGCCUAGCAAUUGGAUCAAAGCGAAUAAAUGAACACCCAAUAUACAUGUAGGCCUAGGCCUAAAUGUUGUUUUGCAAUAAACACCAACUGCCUACUGGAAUCUAUAUUGAGGAUAGAGAGAUAACAAACACUGACACAAGGAAAUUCUUGGGAAUUCUAUUAUAUUAUUUAUUCUAUGUUUAACUUGGAAUAAACACAUUUGUCAUCAGUCAUAUUUCUACUGUUAUGCUGAAACCAUGGAGAUUUCACAUUGAUGAAAAAUGUUUUGGAGGAGUAUGUCUGUGAUGCCAAUCAAGUCAUUGAGCUCAAGUUAGUCCGAUCAGAGGCAGACGUAUUCGAUGAUGGCAAGAUCUUUCAUCCUGAGUUCACCCAUCAGCUGUUUGGUCAGAAUGAGAAUAUUUUCGGCUACAAGGGUUUGAGGGUGCAGCUGUUUUUCACAGCUGGGAGGUUGGUGCCGUAUCUCCACAUGACUUGCACGGAAAAAGUCAACGCAAAACUUUUUGAUGGUGUUCAGGCUGACAGUGUCCUGAAAACGGUCAUCGACAAGCUUGAAAUCAAACCCAUGGACAAUUUGGACAAGUUCAUCUCUGUCAUCUCGGACGAUGCCAGUUUCCAGCCAGUCGGCGAGCUGCUUCAUGCAUAUUCAGUUGAGGGAGAGGGGCCAACACGGAACUUUGAGAUCUACACCAACGACAUCACCGCACCGGGAUUCCGGGAGUAUCAUGAGAGACUGCAGACGUUCCUCUGGUGGUACAUUGACGCAGCGUCAUACAUCGAUAUGGAUGAUGAAAAAUGGGUAUAUUACACAGUAUUUGAGAAGUACAUCAUUAAUGGUAACAAGAGAUAUGCUGUAGCAGGCUACGCCACAGCUUACCGGUACUAUGCUUACCCAGAUAUGACACGGCCAAGAAUUAGUCAGGUGCUCGUAUUGCCACCAUUCCAAAGACAGGGCCAUGGAGUCCAGCUACUACAGACAAUGUACUCGCAUUUCAGGAAUGAUACAAAAAUCCUCGACAUCACAGUUGAGGAUCCUUCAGAGGACUUUGUGAGGCUAAGAGACUUUGUAGACUGCCGGGACUGCAUGAAACUUCCAGCAUUUGAUCCCGCCAACUUGACAAAGGGUUUCUCGGCUGAAAUGGAGAAACAGGCUCUGGAAAAACUAAAACUGUGCAAGAAACAAGUUCGACGGGUUUAUGAGAUCCUAAGACUGCGAGCCACCAACACCCGAGACCGCGCUGAAAUGAAAGCCUACAGACUGGACAUCAAGAGAAGACUGAAUAUCCCAUUCCAGAAGCAGAAGUCCGACCAGGAGAAGAUGCGUCGGACCCUGAAACCCGAGGAACUGGCCGCAACAAUGCAGGGCACCACCUUGCAGGAGCGCCAUGAGACACUAGAGAACUGGUACCAGGAACUGAUGACGGACUACCGCAGGGUGCUGGACAGAUUAGCCUUGGAGUGAAGUCCCCCCCCAAACUCCUGCAGUUGAUUUCGUGAAACUGGACGUCAAAUUUGCCCUGCAAAAUGUACUCAUUUCCAAUUUCACUAAAACCAGGAGCAGUUGUACAGAAUCUGAACAUAAUCAGGGCUUUCAUAAUGGUUUUUUGCGCGAUAUGUCACAAUGGUCUCCAAAGAGUCAUUUAAUUAGCUUUAUCCACCAUUGGAAGUGUUUCCUUUUUCCUUCUUUGCAAAAUUUGCGAGUAUAAUUGAGCACAUUCUCAUGAAAUCAGCUGCAGGUCAAAAGCUAUUAAGAUCUGCCUUAGUUAUGUUUAUUUCCUUUGGAGGAGUGUUGGCAGCUAUUGAGGCUACUUUCCCAUUUACCCAUUUAAAGUGUUCCAAGACUUAUGCUCAAUUCCGUCUCGAGCUGCAAGUAGAUUUUGUCAGUGGGCACUCAGUCAGGUGCCUUUGGAUAAUCAUGGGUCUCAAGGGUUUUCUUAACAUCCGUUUGAGUUCAGGUCCGUAUUGGACACUCUUGGGAUCUGCUGAAACUGUUUUGUUAAUUUACAACAUAUUUUUAUGGGUCUUAAAGAGUGAAAUCAGUGGCCUUACAGCAAUCAGUUACAUCAAAUGUAUACUUGUGUUAUUGUAAAACUGUAAGAUCAACGUGAUGGAUACUUUGUUUUAUUAAACAGCCAGGACUACUUGUUCAUUGAACUGUGACCCCAGAUCUCCCAAAGAUCUACCAUGUGGUUUUGAAGGAAUUUGCAGGAUUGAGAACCUGCCCGCUACAACUUAGAAUAGGGCUUGAUUCCCUUAAAGUUUACGUAUGGAACAAAACUUGCAUUAGUUUUCACUAGAGGAGGCUUUUGGAGAAAUCAAGGUUUCAAGGUGUCAUUGUCUCGACCUUCAAUUUCCAUCAACAUUUACAAUAUACAUACGUUUAGAAGUGAGUCUUAAGAAGCUAUUUCCAAGAAUAUUCAGAUAUUCGGUCAUACUAGGAAAUGCAGAAAAUACUCAGCUUUGAACUGUUUUUGAACUUAUUUAAGUAAGACAUUUGUAUUGUUUAAAAACCAAAUGUUUAAAUAUGAAGUUAUAACUUCUAAUAUUUGAUUAAGCCAUAAUUCAUGUCUGUUUUUAAUUCAAGCAUAAGAUGCUCGAGGCUGCACAUAAAACACCCUUACAAAAAAAAGUGGAGAUACAGAUUUCUUGUUGGGUUCAAAAAUGCUUCUGGAUGAAACUACAGAGAUGUCUACAGAGAAUUGUUUAAAUCAAAGGACGGGGAAAAAAUGGAUUCCCUAGAUGUCUGCCAUUUAUUCCAUAGACAACUACAACAAAACUAUGUGUAUAAUAAAAAGAAACAAGCACAGAACUUCUGUCACCCUCUCUUUA